GCGGUGUCCCUGUAGGGCAGAGACCACGUGUGCGUCUGUGUGUGUGAAAUCACCACUGUCCUUCAAAGGCUAAGCUUUCCGCGGCGCUACUGGGUAAAUCCAAGGUCAUUUCAGUCUGAUCACACGCAGGGUGCUUGGCGGUGUGAUCGCGCGCGUAUGUGUGUGUGCGCCUGCAUGUCUCCCGAGCGUGCGCAUGUGAGCGUCUCUUCGGCUACGGCAGAAGAGCUCGAGUCGAAAAGCGGAGGGAACUUCGCCUGCAUUCCUAUCGAUGUAUGGGGUCUGUGGCUGCUGUGGGGCAUUGAGACCCCGAUACAAGAGGCUCGUUGAUAACAUCUUUCCGGAAGACCCAGAGGAUGGACUAGUAAAAGCAAAUAUGGAGAAGCUGACCUUCUACGCCCUCUCGGCCCCGGAGAAGCUGGACCGCAUUGGGGCCUACCUGUCGGAAAGGCUAUCCCGCGAUGUGGCCCGACACAGAUAUGGGUACGUGUGCAUCGCCAUGGAGGCCCUGGAUCAGCUGCUAAUGGCCUGCCACUGCCAGAGCAUCAACCUGUUUGUGGAGAGCUUCCUGAAGAUGGUGCGCAAGCUGCUGGAGGCCGAUAAGCCCAACCUGCAGAUUCUGGGCACGAACUCGUUCGUGAAGUUUGCCAACAUCGAGGAAGACACUCCCUCAUAUCAUCGCAGCUAUGAUUUCUUUGUGUUCCGCUUCAGCGAAAUGUGUCACUCCACGCAUGACGACCCUGAAAUCCGGACAAAGAUCCGCAUGGCGGGGAUCCGGGGUCUGCAGGGAGUGGUGAGGAAGACUGUGAACGAUGAGCUUCAGGCCAACAUCUGGGACCCACGACACAUGGAUAAGAUUGUACCGUCGCUGCUGUUCAACCUCCAGCAGGAAGGGGGCAGAGAGAGCCAGUCACCCCCACCGCUGCCACCAUCACAAGUCUCUGAGAGGGAUGCAGACAGUGCGGCUGAGCUGACAGAACGAUGUUUUCGGGAGCUUCUGGGACGUGCGGCUUAUGGCAACAUCAAGAAUGCUAUCACGCCAGUGCUUAUGCAUCUCGACAGCCACUCUCUCUGGGAGGGCAAGACCUUUGCUUGCCACUGCUUCAAAAUUAUCAUGUACUCGAUCCAGUCCCAACAUUCCCAUCUAGUCAUCCAGCAGCUUCUGGGGCACCUAGAUGCCAACAGCAAGAACUCUGCCACAGUGCGAGCUGGGAUAGUGGAGGUGCUCUCUGAAGCAGCUGCCAUAGAGGCCAGCGGCUCCAUUGGGCCCACCGUACUGGAGGUGUUCAACACCCUGCUGAAACAGCUUCGCUUCAGCGUGGACUACGAACUGACCGGCUACUACGACUCCUGUGGCGACGGUGGCCUCAAGGUCAAGGUGCACGAGGAGAGGCAGCUGCAGGAGGCGGUGAUCAAGAUGAUUGGGUCAUUUGCCAACACCCUGCCUACAUACCAGUGCUCAGAGGUCAUGAUGUUCAUCAUGGGCAAAAUUCCCAUUCCUGGAAUGUACCCGGCCUUUGGAUCUGCCAGCUCAGGGGUUGAAAACUGCAGAAUGAUACAAGUCAUGUUGCUGAAGUCAUUAUUGCAGGUUACAAGAGGCUUCCGGGCCACUAACAUGCUGACAGCUCUGCCCAGCUCCUUUUUGGACCCCCUGCUCUCCUCUGCAUUGAUGGAGGACGCUGAGGUCCGUCUCCUGGUCCUGGAGAUCCUGGUCAGCCUCAUCGAUAGGCAUGACAAUCGACCCAAAUUCUGCAUUAUCAGCAUCAUCCCUGACAUCUCCCUGCUGAAGCUGAAAGUAGACAAAUGCUCUCGGCAGGACAAUCUCUUCAUGAAUAAGCAUUCCCAGCAUCUCUACCGGCACAUUUUCAUGUCCUGCAAAGAGGAGAGUAGCACCAGGCCACACUUCGAGGCAUUGUAUGCCCUGCUUGCCCUCAUCAGCAUGGAGCUGGCCAAUGAAGAGGUACUUGUGGAUCUCAUCCGUCUCACCCUGGCCCUACAGGACCUGGUCCUGGCCAAUGAGGACGGCCUGCCAGUGUACAAUCGUUGUGCCAUCCAUGCCCUGUGCGCUGCCUACCUGAACGUCAUCAGCCAGCUGACCACUGUGCCGACCUUCUGCCAGCAUGUCCAUGAGGUUAUUGAAAAUCGACAGAAGGACGUUCCGUUUCUUUUGCCUGAGGACGUCUUCACUGAAAAUCCCCAAAUCCCCAAGACACUGGAUAAUGUAGAAGGAGGGGUUCUGUUCCUUCAGAGCAAAAUCACAGACGUUCUGAGAGGCAGUGGAUACAACACAGAAAGACUGGCCACCCCAUACAUUCCACAAUUCACAGAUGAGGACAGACUUUCGAAGAGGAAGAGUAUUGGGGACACUGUCUCCCUGCAAAUGGAAGUAGACUCCAGCAACAGCCCAGAAAAAAAGUGCACUCCUGCAGAGGAGAUCACAUUUGAAAUUUUGAAGAAGGCCAUUGUGAAUAAUGCUGGUACAGAAGAGCAAGAACGAGAACGCAGAAAACAAGUGGUGGAGAAGUUCCAGAAGGCCCCCUUUGAGGAAAUAGCUGCCCACUGUGGUGCUCGAGCAUCAUUACUGCAGAGCAAACUCAAUCAAAUCUUUGAGCUCACCAUCAGGCCUCCCCCCAGUCCAUCUGGCACUUUAACUGCGGGGCAACAACAGGAACGAUCUGUCCCUGUUUAUGAGAUGAAGUUCCCCAACCUCUGUGUGUACUAACACGCAUGGCAAGGAGAUCCUGGGCGAGGAAGGGGGUUGGAACAGCAGCAUCUCUCUUUCUCUAUUGAAAAAUUCAGAAAUCAUCCUUCCUUGUCCCACCUUCAUUUCGUGUAACAGUACUGACAGAUAACAAUAGUCUCUUGCAAUCUUUUCUGCACCGAAGAAAUGCAGAAACUGACACGACAUCUCCCAGCUACCUGCAGUUGUCAGAGUCCUAAAACUCUACAUGAUGUUCUCUUGUUCCUUUGCACUGUUGCUACCUUGGGUAUAAUUGUACAGAAUGGGGGCGUGGGAAACCCUGCACAGAGGGAUCCAUGGUUUAUUCAGAAAAUGUACUGUAGCUGAACCAGAAUCUAAGAAUUGCCGUCGAGAAAAGCCGAAACGUCAAAAGCCAGAUCAAGACUGUCAUAAACCGGAAUUGGAAUGCAAUUGGUAAACAGAGUCAGAAUACACAGAAGAAUCACAACACAGAUUAUAGCUCUCAGAAAUUCAACAAAGGAGUAUUUAUAGAGGUACUGGAGAAAUUAGCUGCAGGUGCUAAAACUCUGGUGAGUUUGACCAGAGAAAGUUACCUGCUUAUUGGGAAGAUCUGGGCAGGCACACAGAUCCAGGAUUGUGACUGAUCACAAUAAUAAAUUCCAUCCAUCCAUCCAUUUUCCAAACUGCUCAUCCUACUGGGUUGCGGGGGGCCCAGAGCCUAUCCUGGAAGCAAUGGACACAAGGCAGGGAACAACCCAGGAUGGGGGGCCAGCCCAUCGCAGGGAACACUCACACACCAUUCACAAACACAUGCACUCCUAUGGGCAAUUUAGUAACCCCAAGUAGCCUCAGCAUGUCUUUAGACUGUGGGGGGAAACUGGAGUACCUGGAGGAAACCCCACGAUGACAUGAGGAGAACAUGCAAACUCCACACAUAUGUGACCCAGGCGGAGACUCGAACCCGGGUCCCAGAGGUGUGAGGCAACAGUGCUAACCACUACACCACCAUGCCGCCCCUCAAUAAUAAAUUGAAAUGUAAAAUAAGAAUAACUUUAUAGUAAUAGAACUGUAAAUUUUGAGGCAAAUGUACGCCAUAUGCAAUACGGUAUGUAAACAUUACAAUUUGUGAAUUCUGAGAAGGUGCCAUUAAAUUUAAGAGAGCCUGGUUUUUGGAGUAAUGUUAUUUAUGGUUUGUGAAUGAAAUAUCAUUUGAAGUUGGUCUACACUGAAGCUGUUCUUUACAUGACAUCUAUUGCUAUUCAGGAAUAUGCUGUAGAACACACGAGUAAUGAACAUUAUUAAAACGGAUAGUAUAUGUUUAAGAUUCACCCUUAAACUUAAACAUCUGUUACUGUAUGUGCAUGCUAUGUUUUUCAUUUCAAAUUUAUCCAUUAAAUCUCCUCACCAAAGAGCCAUAUUUUAAAAUGUCGUGUAUGAGCUUAAAGGGAGCAGGUUGUCAGUAGUAUACAUCUCCAGCACUUUUAGGAGUGGGAGGAUCAACUAUAGAUGUAAAGUCCAAUUUCAAACCUUUUUCACUUUCAUUUAUGGUAAUAGCUCCAAAAAUGAAGAAUCUGCAGUGAUUUUGUGAUGAAAUUAUGAUGUCAUUGUUAGUCCUAUGACAGUAUCACUUACUUUCUGGUUGUUUAUUAAUCAUUUUAAUAAAAUCUGGUAGAGAAGUGGAUCAUUUAUUUCACUGUACUUUUUGUGCUAUUAUGAUCUUACAUGGUAAGAUUCUUCAGAAAUAAUUUAAUUUAUAAGAAAAUAACAUUUAUGAUUCAUAUAAUUUUGUGGACUCUGGUAUUUAUGCUCAUGUGUACUUAUUUCUAUAUUUCAUUUUUGAUUACUGAACUGUACAUUGUUUUUUGUGUUGUGUUUUUCUACGAAAUAUUUUCAAUUCACAUUAAUUUUAAACUUAAUUACUGUAAGUCAUCCAAUGUCUCAGCAGUUGCUUGUAAAAAGCACUUGCCCCUUGCUGCUGUUUGAAUCUUUAUAUGCUUGUAUUGCACAUUUUAAUAAACGCAGU